CCAAACAAAGUGUUCUAUGCUGCGCCUGAUAGCCAGGUCUGGUGGAGAGCUCACACGGGAGCGAAAUCAAAGCUGAGUCCUGGUGUCCUGUCCGCAGCGGCGGGGUAGCGAGCGGUGGGGAUGCCGAAGAAGUUCCAGGGCGAGAACUCGAAGGCGGUGACGGCGCGGGCACGCAAGGCGGAGGCCAAGGCAGUCGCGGACGCCCGCAAGCAGAAGGAGAUCGAGGACGCGCUAUGGGAGGACAACGACAAACACGUCAUGAGGAAAGAGCAGCGCAAGGAGGAUAAGGAGAAGAAGCGCUUGGAGGCGUUGGAGCGGAAGAAGGAGAACCAGCGCCUCCUGGACGAGGAGGACACCAAGAUCAAGGGCCGCGCCGCCAAGGAGGCCGCCGCCGCUGCAGCAGCAGCCGCCGCGGGAGGAGGAGGAAAGGUGACGCGCGCGCAGAUCGAGGAGACGCUACGCAAGGAGAAGGAGGAGGUGCAGAAACCACAAGAGGUCAAAGAGAAAGAGAAGAGUCAUCUUGACAUGCCAUUGGAGGAGAACGUGAAUCGCAUCAUCCCUGAAGAGGGCUCCGUGGAGGCCAGAACCAUCGAGGACGCCAUUGCAGUGCUCAGCACCAAGGAGGACCUGGACCGUCACCCGGAGCGGAGGAUGAAGGCGGCGUUCACGGCGUACGAGGAGGUCAACAUGCCGCGCCUCAAGAUGGAGAACCCCAACAUGCGCCUCUCCCAGCUCAAGCAGCUGCUCAAGAAGGAGUGGACCAAGUCCCCCGAUAACCCCCUCAACCAGCGCUUCUCCUCCUACAACACGCCCAAGUGAACUCAUUUAACCCAACCAACAACCAAUGGGCUCGUUCGUGACGAAGCAGUGCUGCUUUUGCUAGGCAGUGGGCAUGCGCACUUUGCCAGUUUGAUGCAUUCUGGUUAGAAUUUUCAGACCACAAUGCAUCAAACUGGCAAAGUGUGCAUGCUCGCUGCUUAGCAAAAGCAGCACUGCUUCGUCACGAACAAGCCUAAUCACAAUACUCAACCAACCAACCAACCAGCCAAUCAGGAUAAAAGGAAAACGAAGACAGGAGGUGUGUCCUAAAUAACCAACCAAUCACAGUCCUCAACCAACCAACCAAGCCAGCCAAUCAGGAUACUCGGAAAACGAAGACAAGGGGGCGUGUCCUAAAUGUUCGCUCGUUCAGUACAUGCUUCACUGUAUAGGAGGCGGAUUUGCGGAGUGAUUUUGUUCCCUACAUGGUUUAAUAUUGUAGUGAGUGAGUGAACGUUUGGGGAUUUGAGCUCUAAAAAACGUGGGGGAAAAUGUGGCGACUAUGACGAAGACUGAAUCCGAACUCUUUAACUAUGCACUCAACAACACGCCUAAUUGAAAAUCAUCUCAACUCAAUUGUUUGACUUAACUGCUAAAAUCUCCGUAGAUUUCUGACCAGAGGUUGCAUGUUGACUGAGGGUGCAUCUGACACAGGUGAACUAUCUGACACACACACACACACACACACACACACACACACACACACACACACACACACACACACACACACACACACACACACACACACACACACACACACACACAAACAUCUCGUCUGCAUUCAGCCCAGGAAGUGCCAAACUUAAAAUUACCCUUACACUUUCAGUAAAUUCACCCCUGCCCCCCUCUCACAAAUCACUCUUUCUCUCACUCUCACUCUUUCAUUUUCUUUCUUUCUCUCUCUCUCUCUCUCUCUCUCUCUCUCUCUCUCUCUCUCUCUCUCUCUCUCUCUCUCUCUCUCCUUCUCCAUCUUUCUGCCCUUCUCUCUCUUUCUCUAUUUCUCUGGUCAGCCCUUGAGCGAUAUAGCUUGUGUUGCUUCCAAGUUCGACACCUAAAUAAAUACAUUUUGACUCAUUCAAAGAA